CCUCGGGCCCGGGGCAGGGCCCGCCUGGCCCCGCCCACCCCCCCGGCGCGUCAUCCCGCCUCCCCGCCGGAUUGGCCGCCGCCGCGGCCCUUGGCCUUUCCAAUAUGGCGGCGCCCAGCGGAGCGGCGAGCUGUGAGGACUUCGCCGAGUUCCAGGAGUUGCUCAGGGUGAUGAGGACGAUCGAUGACAGAAUUGUCCACGAAUUAAACACUACGAUUCCAACAGCUUCCUUUGUGGGGAAAAUUGAUGCCGGCCAGACGUGUAAAGAGCUGUACCAGUCUUUGAUGGAUGCUCACACCAGCAGAGAGAGAAUCAUCAAAAACUGCAUCGCUCAGACCUCCAGUGUAGUGAAAACCCUGAGAGAGGAGAGGGAAAAGACCCAGGAUGACUUAGCAUUAUUAAAGCAACUCAGGAAAGAGCAGACAAAGUUGAAAUUGAUGCAGUCGGAGCUGAAUGUUGAAGAAGUGGUAAACGACAGAAGCUGGAAGGUAUUUAAUGAGCGUUGCCGAAUUCACUACAAGCCUCCGAAGAGUCAAUGAUGCGGGAUAUUUUCCAUCAAGGUGGUCCAUAACCACGAGAGCCAAACUGGAAAGAGACCUUGGGUGAGCUGUAUUGGGACCCUCCAGAACCAGUGGAACCCAGUCUUGUGUUGUUUUGGACCUGCUUAGCUGCAAUCUCAAGGUUGAAAUGAUUCUCCUGUAAUUAAGAGAAAACAACUCCUCUUUUGUACAAAAUAUGUGAACAAAUGAGUUUUAUAGUAUUAAAAUAAUUUUCAAAUGG